AUGGCUUGGCUAACUUCCUUAAAGUUGAAGCAGUCAGAAGCUGUGUCAAUAGUUACCAUAUUUGAUGGAGAAGCAGUGGAUCCAGGUUUGACUUACAACUUUUACAACUUUACACUUGCCCAGUAUGGGGGUCCCUGCUGUGGCGUAACACCAAAUGCCAUCAUGGUGGUUUCAGUUAACCUUGCAGAUAAAUUUCUUCAGCAACUUAUCCCCCAUUCCUUGAUGUACGCAAAUCUAGUUGAAAUAGAGGAUGCCCUGGGUCCCAGCAAGACUGAACUCUUGUAUAUCAGAGGCAACUCAUCUCCGAAUCUUGACCUUGCAAUCUCUCUUGACAACUCGGUUAUCGUCCCCUCAAAAACGGCAAGAAGUCUUGGUGUCACUCUAGACGAAGAAUUGUCUUUCUCUCCACACAUCAGCAACCUCUCCAGGUCCUGCAGAUAUCUCCUUUACAACAUUAGGAGAAUCCGCCCCCUUCUCACUACAGAGGCUACUCAGCUUCUCGUCCAGACCUUGGUCAUCUCUAAGCUGGACUACUGCAACUCUCUGCUGUCUGGACUUUCACUAAAGGCAACACGACCACUUCAACUGAUCCAGAAUGCAGCUGCAAGACUCGUUUUUGAUAUUCCCAAAUUCUCGCACACUACACCUCUGCUGCGGAACCUGCACUGGCUCCCUGUGGCUGCCCGCAUCAGGUUCAAAACCCUAACACUUGCCUUUAAGGCCAAAACUGGAGCUGCACCACCUUACAUAUCAGCACUGGUCAAGCAGCGUGUCACUUCUCGCUGUCUCAGAACAUCAAGCACUGCACGUCUCGAACCACCCUUACUUAAAAGAAGAGGACGACAUGCAUCAAGACUCUUUGCAGUGUUGGCUCCUCAGUGGUGGAACGAACUUCCUCUUGCUGUACGAACAGCGGAGACCCUCACUGUCUUCAAACGUCGCCUGAAGACACACUUCUUUCAACAG